UCUAAGAGAGAAAAACUUUCAUGGACAAAUCAAAUGGAUGAUGCAUUGAUUGAUGCAUUGUAUCACCAACAUGUUGAAGGAAAUAGGGUCAAUGGAACUUUCACUACUUCAGCAUAUGAUAAAAUAGUAAAGGAAUUACGUGAGAUGUACAACUUGGACUUAGAUAAGGCCAAAGUCAAGAAUAGGCUGAAAACUAUCAAAGAGCAUUUUGCUGAGUGCUAUGAUUCAUUCAAACAUACUAGUGGUUUUGCUUGGAGCCCGGUUACAAGGAUGUUCACUACUGAACCUGAAGUUUGGGAGGCAUUGAUUGAGGUGAAACCACAUGCUGAGAAAUGGAAAUGUACACCCAUUGGCAACUAUGAAAAGUUGGCUGAGAUCUAUGGAAAGGAUAGGGCAACUGGUGUAGGUGCUGAAACUGCUAAGGAAAAAGUACGACGAUGGGCCAACUCAUCAAAUAAUGAUCAUGUAGAUAAAAUUGAAGUCAUUGAUGAACUGGUGCACCAAAAUGAAGCAAACUUGGAAAGUUUUGUUGUGGAUGAAGAUGAUGUUGUGUUGUCUUCUAAAAGUGGAACAUCUUCGAAGGCAAAGAAAAGAAAGCUCUCAAAUGAUGGUAAGAGGGACGUUGAAAUACUGAAGACAGCAUUGCAGAAUAUCACAUCAGCUAUAAGAGAGGGAAAUGCUUCUGUGGAGAAAUCUCAAGGAUGUUUUCCAAGAGGAAAGUUGCAUAAAGCAUUAGAGGAAAUUGGAAUUGCGCCACACUUGUUUACUGAGGCAUACAUUUUUCUUACCAAGAAAUCUGAGAGGAUGAUGCAAUUCUUUGGUUGCCCAGUAGAGUAUCGCAAGGAAACUUUAGAAAGCAUGAUGUAUGACCCUGAGAAUCGUUGGUAACUCUUCAAUAGAUGGGAUCGUACUUUAUUUGAAGGGAACAUUAGAGAUGUCUAUCGUAUUUUAUACUUGACUCCAUUUAGGAUGUGGUGUCUUUUGUGGAUGACUUUGAACUUAUUUUGGAUUUUUUGUGGAUGAUUUUAACUCUUUUUGGAUCUUUUGUGGAUGAUAGCGUUGGUAACUCUUCUAUGGAUG